GUGACUCACGAUCCUGACAGUAAACAGUUACUCUACUAACUGAUGCUAUUAUUACAGCUCACACAUUUAAAAGUUGUCAAAUGAAAACGAGGCGCUUGUUUGAGGCUUUUAUUUUGACAGCGGUACCAGUAUCCGGAAGACAGUAGAUGUAGCAAGAGUCAAAGGUCCCUUCGCCAGAGUUUGCCCGAGUUUUGUGUUUCAUCGAACGGUCCACCUUUGCGACUUCGUCCGUUACCGUUCGCGUUCCCUGCGUGGUGAGAUAAUCCUCAUUACGGCGCUUAAACGCCAGUAGUCCUUCGCCGGCUGUAAAGCUGUGAUUGAACCUCGAGCAAAAUUUCGAGCAAUGUGAUGUUUCGGGGUUUAUCCAGGUUUCUGAGGACCAACCCGGUUUCUGUCCAGAGAAGCAUGUCUCAUAGCAGUCUGGACGGGAAAGUAGCUAUUGUGACAGCCUCCACAGAUGGAAUCGGCCUGGCUGCAGCUCAGGCUCUGGGGAAGAGAGGGGCCCAUGUGGUCGUCAGCAGCCGGCGGCAGGCCAACGUGGACAAGGCUGUGGCUUUGCUAAAGAGCCAGAGCAUCCGAGUAAUUGGAACCACAUGUAAUGUAGGCAAAGGAGAGGACCGGGAGAAGCUGGUCCAACUGACUAUGGAACAAUAUGGGGGCAUUGACAUCCUGGUGUCCAACGCAGCGGUCAACCCGUUCGUUGGAAACAUGUUAGACUCCACAGAGGAGGUGUGGGACAAGAUUCUGUCUGUAAAUAUAAAAGCUGCCUUCCUCCUGACGAAGAUGGUGGUGCCUCAUAUGGAGAAGAGAGGAGGCGGAAACAUUAUAUUUGUGUCUUCAGUGGGUGGAUACCAACCAAUGCUGGGCCUGGGCCCCUACUGUGUGAGUAAGACGGCCCUGCUGGGUCUAACCAGGGCGCUGGCUCCUGAGCUGGCUCACAAUAACAUCAGGGUGAACUGCGUGGCCCCUGGAAUCAUCAAAACCCGCUUCAGUUCUGUAUUGUGGGAAAACGAAGACAGUAUGGAUGAGUUGAAAAGGCAGCUCAGCAUUAAGAGGAUUGGAGAACCUGAAGAGAUCGGAGGGACGAUCGCCUUUCUGUGCUCUGAUGACGCUUCCUACAUCACAGGAGAGACCGUCACGGUGACGGGAGGGAUGAGCUGUCGACUCUGAACCCUCUCUGACUUCAGACCCAUUUAUGAUUUUUUUUCCCUGCCUGUGUGGGAGGGGAGGUGAAGGAGCGGAGGGCCCCUAAUCAGUGCCGUUCCUGUUAUUGAUAAUUUUAUACAUUCACAAACAACUGUUAAAUACAGAAUAUUCCUACUAGAAAAAUAAUGUCCCGUUUUGGCGCCCUCUCUAAUGCAGCGCCCCCUAUGGGUUGCAUACAGUGCAUACCCACUUUUUGCGCCACUGCAUUCUGCAAUUGUAACUUAUGUCAUUUGAAUAAGUUAAAUCAAGAUUAAUAAUUACAUGCAGUUUUUCUAAAGUUAUAAAUUCAUAUCUUUCUAGUUUCAGGCAUGCUUUCAAUAUUUUUCUACUUUUUGCAUUCUGAUCUCAUUUAACAUGCAGAAAACGUCAAAUAAACACACUAAAUGAG